AACAUGAAAGUUUGCUAACAAGCUGUACUCGGAGGCUGCAUUCCAAGUACUGCUCGUUGGCUCGGACUGGACUGUGGACGCAACAGUACAGACACACUCAUCACACAACAACUUGCAACAUGCAGAGCAAGCUGGACAUGGCGGGCAAGAAGCCUCCAAAGGCAUUCAUCCUCCCGGUGGCCACCAUCCGCUUGACCUUCGUGAUUGGACUCCUCUUCAUCGCCAUGCCAUUGGCUGAAGCAGUGAAGGGCGAGGGCCAGACAGCUAACCAGGAUGGACCCCAAGACGACGUGGCCGAGUCGGAGAACAGAAUUCACAGGUUGACUGAAUCUAUGAUUGUGAUUGCUAAAUCACUACUGGAACGUCUGGAACACCUGGAAGGCAAAGCAGGAAACAUCCAGAAGCAGCCAGGACAGGUGGAGGGGAUGACUGGGGAGUCUAAGAAUCUGACUGGCUAUAUGGAGAAGAUGGAUCAGAAAUUUCAGACGCUGACAGGCCACGUGAUGGAGAUGACAGAACAGAUGAAGUGGAUGACUAAAGAUGCUGUUGAGGAUCUUCUGAAGACAGCAGACCGUUGCCCUGCGCCGUGGGUUUACCGUGACAAAAGAUAUUACCUGUUUGUUGGCGAGAGUAAGACCUGGCAUGUUGCCAAGGACUACUGCAGAGCCAAGGGUGGACACUUGGCCUCAGUUCACACCAAAACCAUGUUGGACUUCCUCCAUGGAUUGGCUGGUGGACAGAGGCCUUGGGUUGGGGGCUACAAAGAGGGUGGUGUGUGGAAAUGGGAUGAUGGUUCCACGUUUAGUGUGAAGAAUGAUGGAGUGGCAGGCAGCAACGAUGUUAGAUGGGGAGCAGGCGAGCCCAAUAACGCGGGUGGUAAAGAAGAUUGUAUGGAGAAAGUGCCUUCAGGUGGACUCAAUGAUGAGACAUGCUCUUAUUGGCGCCCAUUUCUUUGUCAGCUGUGAUGGGAUGGUCUCGGCUGUGUGACGGCUGCUCCUUCAAAGACGUCGGUGCUGAAAGAUCAGCACUCUGCCUUCAAUUCAGUUGCUUUCAUGAAUCCUGAUCAUAAUCGGCGUGCACAUGAUCCCAAACAACCUGCGAGACACCAACUGGCAAACUAAAGCUCGUCCUGUUUGCAGUUGAGGAGCUAACACAAGCCAUCACACAGAAAAUAAUCAUUCCCGUUUUUAGUCAACAUUUUGGAGCAGCAGCUGUGUUAGCAUUGAAUCACUUAUUGAAAUUGGCUCAUCUUCUACAUUUCCUAGAAGCUAAAAUGAUGCACACAGCAAAUAACAAGCUGCUACCUGACAAGACGGGACAAAUAGAAACACACCUAAAACACAACAUCAGUCAUAAAUAGAAACACACCUGAAACACAACAUCAGUCAUAAAUAGAAACACACCUGAAACACAACAUCAGUCAUAAAUAGAAACACACCUAAAAGAGAGGAAAUGAGAAACGAUUAAAACAAGAAAGGUGAAAUAUUUCUAAAAGCAGUAAGAGUGAAGGUGAUAUGAAUGAUGGGCUUUAAAGCUGACAUGCACGUUCUUGGUGAAAGAUGUACAAGUGGCAUCUCUGUGUGGAGUUGGCAUGUUCUCCCCGUGCGUGCGUGGCUUUUCUUCCAAAAACAUGCAUGUCAGCUUGAUGGAGACUAAAUUGUCCACAGGUGUGAAUGUGAGCGUGAACGCUUGUGUGCCCUGCCAUUGGCUGGCCCACAGUCAGCCGGGAUAGGCUUCGGCACACCCCCGCCACUCUAGUGAAACAUUGAAGAUGUUCUGUGCGCCAACACCACAAACCUUCAGCAUAUCUGAAAACAAGGUAUAUAGGAUAGAUCCAUUUCAACAAACGGCACUAAUGUGAUUUUCCCAAAGAAUGCUGACAAGUGCUGUGGUGGUGCUUCCAUGAUGCUAAAAGGGACUGUUUGCAACCGUUGGGCGGCUGCAUUGUGGGCACGUUGAAACUUUGGAAGGUGUUGCACGCAUGACAUUGUGGGUACGUAUGCCCCGCCCCAUGUAACGCACGAGCACCAGCUAUGUUAAACUAAGUUAGCUGCAAAUGUUGCUGUCUUUGAGUGUAUAGCCUAUAGCAAGCACAAAUUGUCCAUUUUGAUGCUAAUUGGGUCAAGUCUCCAUGCUUUUAUUGAAAGCACUAUGCUAACAUGCUAGCUGCCGCUUGGCUAACCUUGAGCGUUGCAAACGGUCCCUUGUUUGUUUAUGCUACCGUUUGACCUGUUUCAGUAGGGGUGUCACCAUGCACCAUCUUGGCUUCACCAGGACCAGACCAUAUUUGAAUAUGACUCAGAAAACUACAAAGAAAACUUCCAGGACUUGUUCAUCAGUCCAGUGAUGCAAGGUUUCCAGUGAGUGGAAUGUGUUGCCCGGCCCACUGCCACUUCCAUCUUGUGCGUGUUCUCAUCGACAGUAGCGAUGCCAGAGUUGAGCCUGAUGGGCUCCUGGCUGCCCUGUUCCUGCCAGACGUGUGCUGACACCCCUAUGACGUGUUUUUCAUCAUGAUACAGCAUUUCACACGUUAUUCCAAUAUGUGCUACUGGAUGUUGGAAUUGCCUUUGGAAUCAAUAAAGUUUACUUAAAUCCUGCUGCUGAACGAGUGACUGUCAUGAAGCAACAUUGAAUGUAGUUUACUGCUGGAAUUCUCAUCUUUGUGCUGAAAGGCGUCACAUAGCUGCAUCUAGAGCUGCUGCCUUCUGUGAGUGAUGCAGGUCGCUCAUGUUCUGCUUUUUCCACUCCUUUUGCGUCUUGUCUGCUACACUGGGCUAACUCCCAACAAGUUUUGUUUCGCACGGGGGCCCUAGACAGCGCUUGUCUUGGUCUAAUGGGAAGUCUGCCCCCGCUCGGACCGGUCAAGAGUACAGUUGCUUCAAUUCGACCUCCUGCGGAUUAUGUGCGAUUGGUGUGCGCAUGUCCAACUUGUCACCUGCCAGAAGGUACUGGAGCACGACAGGUGUUUUUAUUGUCACUUAUAGCGGAACCUGAUUUUUUUUUUGCUUUGAACUGGGAGCUAAAAUUCAGGUUAGGAGCUGCCUGUUAGAAGCUGCUAGUCAGCAGCAGGCAUAGCCAAGGACAGCUAUUUGGGUGCUCGUGUCAAUGUGAGUGUGGC